AAUUUCCCUGCUCUUCCUGCUUUAGGAUAAGAGAGCUCAAAACAAUACUUAUAAGGAGGGUCUCCUCUUUCCCUUCUUUCUCACGGACACCAUUCCUAGCUUCCCUCCUUCAGCUCUAGAGAGAUGGCUUGGUCCUCUCACCUCAUGGUUUGGCUCGGCAUUUUGCUGUUCCAUUACGUUCCACUUGGCGUAGGAGCCCACCAUCAGUGGCCAGUGGGAGGAUCUACGAGGUUCUACGACUUCAAGGUACAAACGAUGAAGAUCACCAAGGUUUGCAAGACGAGGGAGAUCGUCACCAUCAAUGGCAUGUACCCCGGUCCGACCGUGCAUGCCCAGGAGGACGAUCGGGUGAUCGUCAAGGUCACCAAUGAGACCCCAUAUAACGCCACCAUCCAUUGGCAUGGGGUCCGGCAGAGGCUAACGUGCUGGUCGGAUGGACCAGCAUACCUCACCCAAUGCCCGAUCCAAGCUGGCCAGACGUUCACCUACGAGUUCACCUUGGUCCAGCAGAAGGGCACGCUCUUCUGGCAUGCUCACGUCUCCUGGCUCCGUGGGACGGUCCAUGGAGCUCUUGUGAUAUAUCCCAAGACUGGGGUACCCUACCCCUUCCCCAACCCUUACGAAGAGCAUGUAGUGAUCUUGGCGGACUAUUGGUUCAAGGACUUGCAGAAGCUGGAAAAGAGGGUUCUUGCAAGCGGUGGAGGUGCUCCGGCAUCGGAUGCGUAUACCAUCAACGGCCACCCAGGGCCACUCUAUAACUGCUCGAAGAAUGAUGUAUUCAAGAUUGAUGUGAUCCCUGGCAAGACAUACCUUCUGAGGAUAAUAAACGCAGCCCUAAACAUUGAGCUCUUCUUCUCCAUUGCCAACCACAAGCUCACCAUAGUGGAAGCUGAUGGGGAGUACACAAAGCCCUUCACAGUGGAGCAGCUCAUGAUCACCCCAGGCCAGACCAUGAACGUCCUGGUGGAGGCCAACCAGCCCAUUGCCAAGUAUAACAUGGCAAUAGGCCCUUAUAUGUCCGCCCAAUUUGUUCCAUUCCAGAACUUCUCUGCUGUAGCUCAUUUUCAGUACUCCGGUGUCAGCCUCACCUCUAUGGCCCUCCCGGCGCCGCUGCCGUUCUUCAACGACAGUCUCCCUGUGAAGAAUAGCAUGAAUGGGCUGAGGAGCCUCCAUGCCACCAAUCUCCCUCUCGAGAUCGACACCGAUCUCUUCUUCACCAUUGGAGUGAACGUGGAGCAAUGCCACUCCCGUACUCCUAACAAGAGCUGCCAAGGGCCCAAUGGUGGUGUCUUCAAAGCAUCCAUGAACAAUGUUACCUUUGUGAGACCCAGCAUUUCGUUGCUGCAAGCCUACUACAACAGGUUGCAUGGUUAUUAUACUGACGACUUCCCUGAGGUGCCAUUGAAGACCUAUGAUUUUGUUAAUGGUGCACCUAACAACAUUCCAAAUAAUACACAGUCCUUGAAUGGGACUAGAGUGAGUGUGCUAGAGUAUGGUGCAAGGGUGCAACUCAUCUUGCAGGACACUGGGAUCGUGUCGACCGAGAACCACCCCAUCCAUUUGCAUGGCUACAGCUUCUAUGUUGUAGGGUAUGGCACGGGGAACUUUGAUCCGAUGACCGCAGAGAUCAACCUCGUCGACCCACCAUACAUGAACACGAUCGGUGUUCCGGUUGGAGGAUGGGCUGCCAUUCGGUUCAUCGCCGACAAUCCAGGUGUGUGGUUCAUACAUUGCCACCUUGAGGUUCAUACGAGUUGGGGUCUCUCUAUGGCAUUUAUUGUGAAGAAUGGUGAGGGUCCAUUGGAGACCCUUCCUCAUCCUCCAGCAGAUUUGCCCAGGUGCUGAGCUGUUACAAGCGAGAAAGGAAUUAAUGGUGCCGUGGAUUGGUUAGCUGUGUUUGGGGAUACUAUGGAACUUCGUUUUUACUUUCUAUUCUUUAGCCACUUCCUUUUAUUUUUGUGUUCCAAAUGUAAAGAAAAUGGAAUAAAACGAUCUAACAGAGCAACUCAACAAAAUUCCCACAUUGUUCAUGAGCAUUUAUAGUAAUUAUGCAAUCAUACUUUGUUUAGAGCAA